AUGUUGAUGCUGUUUGGUCAUGAGCAUUCACCAAGCCCGGGAGCACUCCUUUGCUGGCCGUGCAGACCAAUUAAAGUUGGACAAACGGCCAACCCUUUGAGAGUGAGAUCUGAGACAGAGUUGGUGGCCAAAAGUAGACUAAGCGUAAGCAUUGGAGCGCAUUUUUUCGCUCAUCCUCAGAGCAAUUGUCGUCAAUUUAUGGGCAUAAAUGAGGGGCAAUUGGCUCUCUGGUCUGGGCAACCCAGACGAAGAGUCGUGCUGACUUGCCAUUCUUUAAGUCGAGAUUGGGGGCUGAGUGAAACUGAAAGCAAACCUGUUGGUACCAGCGUUCAGGAAGAUGAUUGGCCGGUCGAAAUUGCGUUGUCGCGCCCACAAACUCUGGUCAGCUGA